GCGCUGCGGUAUGGCGGCGGUCGUGUGAAGCGGGACAGAGAAAGUAAGCCUGCUCCGUCCCCGGUACCGGUAGAGAGAGGGAAGCAGCGAGGCGUGAGGAACUGCACCGUCAUAACUGGAAGAUAACAGCAAAGAUAAGAGGAUAUGAAUGCGCUACUUUCUGGAGGAUCCUGCCAACGUAAGUGGCUGGUGGCAGCUGAUCACUAGUAUCAGAUCAUCGUUUCUCACUCUCUGUACAUUUGCCUCGUCUGACGAAAACAGAGGCUCCUUAGACUGAAUCUCCUUGUUGCUGACAUCGCACUUGUGCUCGGCACAGAGGCUGCCUGCUGCUUCAGUCCAGUGCCGAGACGGUUCAACCCCCAUCGUCUGUUGUGAUGAAUACGGUGCCUCGGCACAAGGUCUCCACAGUCUAUCAGCACACGGCCUCCAGAAAGCGAUCCAAGAACUUUAAAAAGCGUUACCCUUGUAGCACCGAAGGGAUCUGACCGCGGCAAGAACCAUGAAUGCGGAUGGCACAGGGGAGCCCGAGGAUGGGCAUGACUCCAACCCGCUGGGUGCGCCCAAAAGCCAGACCUGCGAGGAGGAGCCCCUGGCAAAGUCUGCGAAGCUGGAGAGCGGUAAUGGAUCCCCGCUUCUCGCUGAGGGUGGUGACCUCACUCUGACCUCUGACCCUGGGGAGCGGCCGGAAGUAGACAGCACCUUAGUGCCCUUGGACCUCCCAGCAGCCCCCAGCCCUGAAGUAACCUCUGAGCUGGGCCAACCCUUGGCAGGCGAGGACGUACAGCUCUUGGUGACAGAGGGUGGGGUGAAUGAAGUCCAGGAUCAGCCCCAGUGGUUGGGCGGAAAUGGCAAGGCUGAGGCUGAGACGAUGUCAGCGGGUGACACAGAGCAGUGUGUGGAAGGGAACAGCGUUUACUACCAGGUUGAAUACGAUUUUAGCGGUGAGCCCCGGUUCCUGGUGGGCGCCUGGGAAGAGUACACUGGCGUGGCGGAAAACUUCCUGAAAGGAUGCAAGUGGGCCCCGGAUGGUUCUUGCAUUCUGACCAACAGCGCUGACAACGUGCUGAGAAUCUUCAACCUCCCCACUGAGCUGUACGAGAUGACGUGGAGCGUCCUGCCUGAAAUGAGUCCUGUACUGCGGAUGUCCGAGGGAGAUACCAUAUAUGAUUAUUGUUGGUACCCGCUCAUGUCCUCCAUGGCUGCCGAAACGUGCUUCCUGGCCAGCAGCAGCCGUGAGAAUCCCAUCCACAUCUGGGACGCCUUCUAUGGAGACCUGCGGGCCACCUUCCGGCCGUACAACCACUUGGAUGAGCUGACAGCUGCUCACUCCCUCUGCUUCACACCCGACGGCUCACAGCUCUACUGUGGCUUCGACAAGAUGGUGCGGAUCUUUGAGACUUCUCGCCCAGGCCGGGAAUGUGAGAAGAGGCCGACCAUGACAAAGAAGCAGGGCCAAACGGGCAUCAUCUCGUGCAUCGCCUUCAGCCCCGAGCAGGACCUGUACGCCUGUGCCUCCUACUCGAAGACGGUGGGGCUGUACGCCCGAGACGAGGGGACUGUGCUGAGUAUCCUGCAGGGCCACCAGGGAGGGGUGACGCACGUGGUGUUUUCACCCGACGGGAACCUGCUGUACUCCGGGGGCCGGAAGGAUCCAGAAAUCCUGUGCUGGGACAUCCGACAGCCUGGGAAAGUGCUGUUCUCCAUGUUGCGCUCAGCAACCACUAACCAGCGAAUGUACUUCGACGUGGAGCUUUACGGCCGCUACAUCGUCAGUGGCAACACGGAGGGUUCGGUUUCCGUGUGGGAUGCCACACAGCCGCCAGACGGCUCUGUGCUCGACCCAGUCCUGCAGUUCCACACACAGCAAGACUGUGUGAACGGGGUUGGCUUUCACCCCUACCUGCCCUUGUUGGCCACGGCCUCGGGCCAGCGCAAGUUCCCAGAGCCAACGGAAAGUGAAGAUGAAGGCGACGGAGUCCUGAUGACCCACCGUUACACCAGGGCCGAGAACUGCAUCAAGCUGUGGCUGUGCUCGGCUGCGGGAGGCAACAGGAGCGGCUUGCAGCCCGAGACUUCUGUGCUGGACAUGCAGUGACACCAAGUCCGUUACUGCCCCUCCCUCCCCAUCCUACCCAGCCCCCCCUUCCCUGUCCUCCCCUCUCUCUCCCGUCCUACCCACCUCCCCACCUCCCCGGACAGGCAGCAUCUAUUGAGAGAAAUGUGAACAGCAGGCAUCUUCAUCUGGUCCAGAAACGUCUAACUGACCAUUUCUCCCUGGCACGUUGAGUUAGUGGGAUUUUGCAUGAUGCUCCAUGUACCAGUGUCUGUAUAUUGUUAUGUAUCCUUAACCUUACCCUCACCCGCACCCCAUUUUUCCAGCCUCCCCGGUCAUCUCACUGUGGGAGUUCCACGUGCUUCCCCACUCGGACUGAAUCAGGAUCUAUUCUAGUGAAAGGAUCCCCUUCUCCCCCUUACCCACCCCCACCCCAGCAAAACC